UGGACACUCCUCUGAACCUACGUUCAAGAUACUUUUUCGUCAGCCCACUCGCGGACAAAGUGACAGCCGGCCACUUUCAGCAGAUUUGCGAUCUGGUCUCCAUAAGGAAAGAGUACUUCACUAAAGAAACAUCUGGGAUCAUGGGAGACUGGGGGUUUCUCUCUGCUUUACUGGACAAGGUCCAAUCUCACUCCACCGUCAUCGGGAAGAUAUGGAUGAGCGUUCUCUUCAUCUUCAGGAUCCUGGUAUUGGGAGCUGCGGCCGAAAACGUUUGGGGCGAUGAACAAUCUAGUUUGGUCUGCAACACAUUACAACCAGGUUGCGAGAACGUGUGCUACGACUGGCAGUUCCCCAUCUCGCACAUACGCUUCUGGGUCAUGCAGAUCAUCUUUGUGUCCACGCCGACCCUGCUGUACCUUGGACACGCGGUGCAAGUCAUUCACCAAGAAAAUAAGCUGAGAGAGAAAAUUAAAAGCCUCGGAGAGGGUCACACGCUGAAGUCACCAAAAUACACAGAUGACACUGGCCACAUCAAGAUUAAAGGAAAUCUUCUCGGCAGCUAUUUGACCCAGCUGUUCUCCAAAAUCAUCCUUGAGAUUGCUUUCAUUGUCGGACAGUAUUAUUUGUAUGGUUUUAUUAUGCUCCCUAAAUUCACUUGUUCCCAAUCCCCCUGUCCUUACACUGUAGAAUGUUUCAUGUCCCGUCCCACAGAGAAGACCAUCUUUAUUAUCUUCAUGCUUGUGGUUGCUUGUGUGUCUCUCUUACUUAAUGUCAUUGAGGUCUUCUUCCUGCUGUGUACCAGGGUGGGAUGCCGGUCAAAUAAGAAAGGCACGCAUAACAUUACUUCUGCUAAAAACCCUGCCAGCUUGGCGUCUUCCUGGCACGUGAAGGUGAGCUCUGAGGAGGCUUUGAAGCAGAACAAGUUGAACAUGCAGUUCGAGAGCGGUCAGAGUCUCGGAGGAAGUUUGGACGGGGCGAAGGACGAAAAACUCCUGGCCGACCAUUAGAUUUUUACUUUUGCAUUGAAUCGUGCAAAUUCUUUUUUUUUACGUUGAAAUGUCUACAAAUUCCUAGCAGGUUUUAAAUUAUUUAAUUAUUUUAAUUGCAUAAUGCAUAGUUUUUCUGGUCAUUUGAAGGUCUUGGUGUACUAUAUCAAAAAACAAAAGUGUUCAUGUAUUGUAAAUAUACGUAUCUGUUAAGAGUCAGUGAGUAACCACAGGUGAAUGUUUUGUUUGUUCCGAGAAUUGAUGUGUCAAAAUGAAAGAUAAAUAACAACUGUAAGAAUUUCCUUUUUUGAAAUAAAAAUAAAAUGUUUGAACAAA